AACGUUGAUUGAAUCUUUAUUCAUCUAAGAUAAGAACAGAACAGAGAUCAGUCCAGACCAGUGAUCGACCUAAUUCUUUAAUGUGGCGACACAACUUUACAGCUGAAGUCAGACGCCUGGACUCUGAGCAGGAGUCCACCUCGUUGCCACCUUGUUGCCGUGUCUCUGCAGGAUAGAACCUCUGGAAAAACAUGAUUUAGAAACAGUCUGAUCUGCAGACAGACAGGUUCUGAACAAAUUACCUGCUCAGAGGAACAGUUUGGGGAAACACCUGAUGAAGUGUCUGCUCUGAAGGACUUGAUUCCUGUACAGCGCGGACAUGAGGGGAGGACCAGCCUCAUCCAAACACAUCGAUGGUCCCCAGCAUCUCUCUCCUCGGACUCCAGCUUCUCCAUGAAGAAUGGAAGCUUGGAUGUUCACCCUGCGUUUCCUGAUGCUCUGCUGCCUUGUGCACGGACACUGAAUUCAAAAGUCAAAGUCAGGUGUUUCCAACUGCCUGUGCAACUGAAAACAGAACUUAUGAAAGCUUCUCUGCAGGGCGAGUAUCAGCUGCGCCUCUACGAGGAGCUGAUGAGAAACUACAACCUGCUGGACCGGACGGUCCAGAACGACUCUCACAGCCUGAGCGUCAGCUUUAGCUUCAACCUGCAACAUUCUGAUGAUUAAACUCAGGGUCCGAUCAGUAGCAGCAGCGUAGCCUGAACCUGCUCCAGUCCACGGUUCAUCGUUGGCAUGAUGGGAUUUAAUCACUGCUGUGCUUCUGGUCUCUCUGGUUGUUGGUUUGAGUUUUGCUAUAAACCUCCAGUGAGAUGUUGAGUUGGUGCAUCAUAAAAGUAGAAACCUCACAAAGCUGCUUUUCCCAAAGUGUCGGCUCUUCAUUCCCUCUGUUCAUCUCAUUGAACAGCUUCGUCUGUACCGUCAUGUAUCAUUGGUCUGGAUCAGUUCA